GGCGGUCUGUACUUGACUUCACUGCACGCGCGCACUGCUCCACUACAUCCGAUUACCAGCCAGGAACUCAGGUCGAAAGCGACAACAUAUUGCACCUGAAGCACAGAGAUGACUGCUCUCCGUCGCAUCCAGAAGGAACUGACUGAUGUCAGGAACAAGCCUGUAGAGGGACUCAUUGUGGGGCCUGAUGAGGACAACCUCUUUGUGUGGCGGUGCGCGGUGAAAGCAUCCUCGGAUAGUCCCUACAAGGGCGGCACGUUCCAUUUUACCGUGACGCUACCGGACAACUUCCCUUUCAAGGCUCCUACGGUUGUGUUCACCACCAAGAUAUACCACCCGGGAAUCAAUGAAGAAGGGCAUAUCUGCGUUCCAGUCCUUCGAGAUCAGUGGAAGCCUAGCGUGACUUUGUCUUCAGUUCUGGCCAUAAUCCAGGAGAAGGUCAACAACCCGAGCCCAGAUGACCCCUUUGAACCUGAUGUCGCUGCGCAAUUGAAGAACGAUCAUGCGAAGUUCCUUGCGACGGCGAAGGAAUGGACGAAGAAGUAUGCGACGGUGUGAACGCAGAAUCUGAAGUCCCUGUGGAAUUGAAUACUAGGACCGGGAAACUGUCUCGUGCCCACAAUGUAACACUAGCUCAACGUUAUGAUAUCAUACUCGCAAGAACAUGUUGUUGUUGUUUCCUUUUAUUGUCACUGAGGGCGUAGCCCUAUGUAGACAGUACAUACACUACUCGGAACUUGUCUCGUCUCGUCUUUGGUCGCUGAGCAUCGCCGUCCGCC